AUGCUUCAAUAUCGCCUUUACAAUGGUGCAGUCCCCCCAGCCAGUCUUCAAGGCUUCCUCAAGGUUAGCAAAAACAUAGGCAGUGUCAUUGGCCAGUUCAUCUUCAGUUACUACGCUGACUACUUGGGUCAGAAGGCUGUCUAUGAGUUCAUUGUAGUGUUGACCUCUCCGCCUCAGGUUCUCUCAUCUGGCUAUCCGUCUUUCGUAGUCUCCUCGGCAUUGGCAUUGGCAGUGGCCACCCCAUGUCCACCUCCAUGGCAAGCGACUGCACUGCCGGAGCAUAUUCUGCUUGUGUAUAUACUUGUCAACCAGGGCUGGGGUUCACUCAUCGGUGGCAUUGCUGUUAUCAUCAUGCUUGCAUGCUACAAGCAUGUCGUGGAGGUCGAAGAUGAGAUGAGCAAGGUUGACGGCAUAUGGCAUAUUUUAGUUGGCCUUUCACUCAUCCCCAUGUUCAGCAUGCUCUACCAGUGCCUUACCCUCCCUGAGUCGAAGCAAUUUGAGGCAUCGCAGAAGAAUGCAGACAUUGAGAUGGAGUUGAUCAACGUGCUCAAGAAGAAGGCCAGCCCAGAAAAUAGCAUCACUGAACAGAUGUGCAGUCUCACGGCACCCAGCCCACCUCUCCUGCGCUGCCCCCACAGGCAGUAG